AUGGAUUCCAUUAGAACUUCACAAAUUCAGACAGCCAUACAACAUAUGUCAGAGUCGGUGUUUAUGGGACUGUGUCAUGAAGUGGGGAUCUCACAACUGGUGGCCAUGAGGAGAGAUGUGGUGGACAUCAUUGAUAUGGUGAGAGAUCAAGUGACAACAAGUGAUGUGGACAGUGUUAUUUGGAGUGGAAGUUACAGAGAAGGAUUCAGACUGAAAGGAUCGGAUUUAGACAUUAUGAUCUGGCCAAAUACUCACCGUGUGAUCUGGGAAUUAUCUCAGUCUCAAUAUUACAACACAAACAGACAAACACUGAUCCUCUAUGACUGUUCUAAUAGUCCACCAGGAUUCAUUUUGUUAUAUUUACUGUCACCAAGCAUGGACAGAAGAAUCCAGGGAGCUUGUGUUAGAAUGAAUAACAGAUAUUAUAUAUCUAGUUCUAAAUAUAGACAAAUCACAUUUUCUGAUAUAUCAUUACACUCCACUCAACAUGGACCCUGUGCCAGUGGAAUUAUUGGAACAAUAGAAUUUGAUCAUGCCUACUGUUUUGUUUGUGACUUUUGGCCUCUGUCUGCCUCCUCAUGGAUAGACAGAUGUCACUCAUGGCCCCAACCUCAUGUUGUUGAUGAUAUAGUAAAAAAUGGAUGUCACUUUGUAGCCAUCGGACAUAAGCUAGGAAGACAUGAAGACCAAGAAUGGAGAAUUUCUUUCUCUCUGGCAGAACAGAAACUUGUGUUUGCAAUGAAUCACUGCCAAUUCUUAACUUACGGCUUGCUUAAAUUGUUCUUAACAGAAAUAAUUAACAAUGGAGUAGGUGAUGAUGAUAAAUUACUGUGUUCCUAUCAUAUGAAGACAGCAGUUUUCUGGGUGAUUCAACAAAAUACAAUACCUCAUUGGUGUCCACAAAAUCUCCUGGGGGGUUUCUGGGUCUGUUUUAAACUCAUUCUCAAAUGGGUGUAUGAGGUAGUAUGUCCUAACUUUGUCAUUCCAUAUAACAUGUUUCUGAGUAAUAUUUAUGGGGAAGGACAACGCCAAUUAUUUAAUAGACUGUAUGGGUUGUAUGAGAAAGGUUUAGACACAUGA